UGCAGCAUUAUGCGCUUCUCCGCACCCAUGUGAGCCGUCGUUGUGAUCAGGAGGGGAAGGGAGAUCAAGUGACAAAUGGGAUCCAAGAGCCAAGUCUCCGAAGCUGAAGGCGAACCGAACCGCUCACCACCUGUUGGGAGAGUCUACCGCGUCACUCUUUAUUCCUUGAAGGUGGGAAAGCGAGAGCAUGUCGAGAGCAACAUUGCUUUUCCGUGCCUAAACCCAGUGGCCUGGAAUAUAAAAGGAUCGCCAUCCGCUCCUUAAAGUGAUCGUUUUCCGGUAGCGCUGAGAAUUUCAGUCUGUCUAAGAACGUUGACUUCGGAGAUCUUCGCUGCGCGUUUGACAUUGCAAGAAUCUUGUCCGUCGUUUCACACAUUACUUGUUCCAUCGUGACGUCUGACAGAGCAUACUGUCGAUUCCACGUCCUCUCUCUUGAACCCUAGUACCCAAUUCUUUAAGGGAUCUUCCUAGCACUAUCAACGUUGAUGUUGGAUUGCAGGCUUUCUGCUCCUUGUGCUAUUGCAUUAGCUCUCUUCUUGAGACCUCCGAGUAAUAGUAGUAGUAUUUUAUAUUGCUACAAGCCGUUAGCCUCAUCGCCGAUAGACGACUCGUGAUUGCUUGCUUUUGAGCCAUUUCAAUUUUAAAGAAAAAAAGAGAGAGAGAGAGAGACGGAAAGGAUUGCUGUAUAAAACACAGUCCAUUAUGUCGAUCGAAGUCAGACCAUUGACCCUGGAGGAUAUCCCUGGCGCAAUUGAGUGCGUUCAGAGGGCCUUUGAGGAUGACCCAUAUUUCCGCUGGGUGUUUGACCCUGCCAAGUUCUCCAAGGAAAGAAAUACCGCAUCCCUAAGGAACCGUUGCCUCUGGGGCAUCAACAAUGGCCUGUUCUAUGUUGCCCGAGAGAGAGUCCCACAAGGCAACGGCCAGAACGGUUCCGAAAAAUCGCCAUCGUACCGUGUGGUCGGCGUGUCUAUGUGGCUCAAGCCACAUGUCGCUGGACAGAGCGAGAGCUGGCCUUCACGCUUCCAAGAUUGGCUCCUCAGCUUUCGUCAGUUGGUCACCAACGUCCAGUUUGGGGGUCGCGGCGGACUCCUGGUUCGUCGAUACUGGAUCUACAAAGACUCCCAGUUCAAAGCAGAACAGAAAUUCUUGACUGAUCCUCAGGGAUAUUAUCACUGCAACAUAGUCGCGGUCCUGCCAGGGAUGCACGGGAAGGGAAUAGGGAAGAAGUUGGUAGAAAUCGUUACGGAUCAAGCUGACAAAGAAGGCAUGGGGUGUUACCUGGAGAGCUCGAAGGCCGAACCCAAUGUCAAAAUUUAUGAACGCAUGGGCUUCAAGGUUGUUGGAGAUUUGGAUUGCAAUGAUAAUGGGGCGCAGUGCAAGUUGUUCUGCAUGACCCGCGAUCCAAAGCCGCUGAUGACAAACGGCAAAGCGGAGUGAAUAUUAAGCCGAGAAGCACCGAGACCAAGGACAACAAGACAUUAGUUAUUGGAGAGAUAAGUUAGCUGAACUCCCAUUGAUUCUCCCCGUAAUUAGUUGUUUUUGUGGGCGUACAUUUCGGUUGUGGGUGACAGGUUCACGUUUCAACCUGCAUGAGCAUUUCGGUUGGAGGCUUUCCACCAGCAUAGUGUCUGCCUUUGAGCAUUUGAGCAACAGAACCGAUGAAUUUGAAAUGAGAGAACUGAGCUUCUGUUUUUCCGGGACAGCCAUUCUGUUAUUCUCCACCAAAGAAGCUUUUUUAGGGCGUGGUCAAGCUGAGCCUCUGUAACUCGGGACUCCAGACUUUACAUCGUAUUAGCGGAGCCGAGGGCAAGAUAGAAUGCGGAGCACUCGGCCACCUAGUUAGCAAACUAUCGAAUAGUGAAGCAACGCGGUCAUUCUCACCUCAAG